AUGGAGCGUUGUGAAAAAGAGUUAUCGCCCUCUGAUGUCAGUCAAAGACUAGCAGUGACGAAGGGGAUGCUAGAAUUUCUGCCCCCUAUAGAUCCAGAGCAUGAUGUCCCAGUCAGAGUCUUAGACGAAACGGGUAAGGUCUAUGUAUUCUAUUUAUCUUGCAGACAAGGCAAGCACAGAAAACCAGUUUUCCAGUCGAAACAAUGGAGAGUCUUUGUCAAGGAGAGAGGUAUUGCUGCUGGCGAUGUCAUGUACUUCUGGGCUGAGGAAAAUGCAUUUCAUCAAACACAAUACAGAAUUGCGCUGCUGAAAAUGCUUUUUUCCUAA